UUUACCUUUAAGAAGAUGCUGCAACAGGCUCCAAAAACUGGUUUUAAAAAAUGAAAAAAUGUUGGACUUUGAAAUACAAUGUGGUACUUCUGUAGGCUGUGUGUAGUGUGUACUCUCCUUUUUGGUAGUCUUUAGAUUUGUGGGCUUGGAUCCAGACUUUGCUCCCCGUGGUGGGAGACUCCUUUGAGCAGAGUUCUGAUCAGGGGACUCCUUCACAGACAGAAGGGGAAGGUGGCAAUUCCUCUUUCCUUUCCUUAAAGCCCUCUGAAAAAAUAUUAUUGUGUGGGGUUACAGGGAAAUCAGGGAUGAGUGGACGUUUCCUCUUCCCUCUUCCCUCAGCAUGAUCCCUCCACUGGAUCAAAAGCGUAAAUGGAAGGAGCCGUUACAGUCUUUCUAAGUUUGGAUUCAACCCCUUGUCAUUAUCUCAGUGAUACCUAAGAAAGCCAAAAUGUUGAACCAGAAAGGCUAAAGUUAACUUUAUAACUAAACAAUGCAGGACUUAAAGAAAGAUCUGUCCCAGAACAGCAAAAGCCAAGAGAUGCUGAAGAGGUUACCCAACCUACAGAGGAGCCACAUGGGAGAGCAGAACACAAGAGUGCUGAAGCAGAACCAGAAGAGGAAGAUGAAAUGGACACUUUACUACGUCAAGUUCUUGAAUCAGAGUUUGAAAAAAUAAAUGAAGCGGAUGAAGAAACAGCUUUUCAGGAGGAGAAUAGUGAAAUACCUGAAGUUCCCACAGAACAGGAUGUCUAUGAUAAAGACCUUGAAGAUAAAGUGCCAGAAGUAUUAGAAACACCAGAAUCUUUCUAUGAAGAACCUGCAAGUGACUAUCAGCCAGGAGAGCCAGACACAGAUGACAGUCAUGAUGCAUAUGAAUAUCAUGCACAUACAGAAGAAGCUACAUAUGAACCAGAAAGCCAAGAUGACACAGAACUAAAUCUAGAGGAUGCUCUGGAUCAUAACACAGAACCUUAUUCACAUGACACAGAAAAGCAGGACUAUGUGGAUGAACAUGAAUUGGAAAAUGAAGAAUUUAUUGAAGCACAGAAUACAGAUGGAGAACAGUUAUCCGAACAUUAUUAUGAAAAUAUGCAAGAGCCAAUUGAGAGCACUGAUCAAACACAUGAAAAUGAAGCAGAUGUUCCACAUUCUGCUACUGAACAAAUUCAGUCAGAUGACAGAGAACAUACAGAAGAUCAUGUGACUGCUCAACCCCAUGAGACAGGACAAAGUGAAAAAGAAACUCAGCAAAAAGAAAAAGUGAAGAAAAAGAAACCAAAAUUGCUCAAUAAAUUUGAUAAACAGAUUAAAGCUGAACUUGAUGCUGCAGAGAAGCUGCGCAAAAAGGGAAAAGCUGAGGAAGCUUUGAAGGCAUUUGAAGCAUUAGUCAACAAGUAUCCCCAAAGCCCACGGGCGAGAUAUGGAAAAGCGCAGAGUGAGGAUGACUUGGCAGAGAAAGCGAGAAGCAAUGAAAUACUACAGCGAUCCAUCAGUACGUAUGGUGAAGUUGCUAGUCUACCAAAUGUCCCUGAUGAUCUGGUAAAACUCACAUUGAAAAGAAGGGCAGAUCGGCAACAAUUUCUUGGUCGCAUGAGAGGCUCCUUGGUUACACUGCAAAAACUUGUUAGCCUGUUUCCCAAUGAUACUUCAUUCAAGAACAAUCUAGGAGUGGGUUACCUUUUGAUUGGCGACAACAGCAAUGCCAAGAGGGUUUAUGAGGAGGUUUUGAGCCUGGCUCCUAAUGACGGCUUUGCUAAAGUGCAUUAUGGCUUCAUCCUGAAGGCAGAGAACAAGAUUGCAGAAAGCAUUCCCUAUUUAAAAGUAAAAGAAGGUCUAGAAUCAGGAGACCCAGGCACUGACGAUGGGCGCUUUUAUUUCCAUUUGGGUGAUGCCAUGCAGAGAGUUGGAAACAAAGAGGCAUACAAGUGGUAUGAACUUGGGCACCAGCGGGGUCACUUUGCAUCUGUCUGGCAGCGCUCUCUCUACAAUGUCAAGGGUUUAAAGGCUCAGCCAUGGUGGACAGCAAAGGAAACAGGUUAUACAGACCUGGUCAAGUCCUUAGAGAGAAACUGGAAGGUGAUUCGAGAUGAAGGACUUGCUGUGAUGGAUAGAGGAAAGGGGCUCUUUCUGCCUGAAGACGAGAACUUGCGGGAAAAAGGUGACUGGAGCCAGUUUACUCUCUGGCAGCAAGGAAGAAAAAAUGAAAAUGCAUGCAAGAGUGUUCCCAAAACAUGUGCCUUAUUGGAACGAUUUCCAGAGGCCACUGGAUGCAGAAGAGGACAGAUCAAAUAUUCUGUCAUGCACCCAGGGACUCAUGUCUGGCCUCACACAGGGCCUACAAAUUGUAGGCUGAGGAUGCAUCUAGGCUUGGUGAUUCCAAAAGAAGGGUGCCAGAUUCGGUGUGCUGAAGAAACAAGGUUCUGGGAAGAAGGGAAAAUCCUUAUCUUUGAUGACUCUUUUGAACAUGAAGUGUGGCAGGAUGCUGAUGCUUAUCGCCUGAUAUUCAUUGUGGAUGUUUGGCAUCCAGAGUUAACAUCGCAACAGCGGCGCUCCCUUCCAGCCAUUUGAAGGAUGCUUGAGGCCUUCCCUGUUGAGGUCUACAUUUUAUGUUUGGAAGUGCUGGUCUCAUUAAAAAAGAAAGAAACCUGAAUUUGUAUGUAUGAAGUAACCUGGGCAUGGACUUUAAAGCAUCCUAUUCUGUGCUUUAUAAGGCACUGAUCUGAUAGCUCUGUAUUCAUGCUGCAAGUACAGAUUCCUAUUCUUUUGUCAGCCAAAGAAUAUCCUGUGCCAUAUAUCAAAAUAAGACCUAUGCCAAUAUUUGUUAUGCCAGCAUUAUGUUUACCACUGCUAAGCACACACUUGGUGUACUAGUCACGUAACUACUAAUGCUUGUGUGUAAACAUAAAGGACACAGAUUUUCAGACACUGUGAGUAUGCAAUUUCUGUUCACAUGAAGGAAAGUUGUGCAGCUACAGUACUUGGUGAAUUGCAUCUCACAUCAGUGCUUCUAUAUCCUUCUAAGGACACUCAUAACCAGUUACUCGCAAGCAUCUUGGAAAUUUGUCAUACUAGAAUGUGUAGAAAUGAAUUUAGAUUUAAGUGAAUGAACUGAUAGUGUGAGCUGUAGAUAAUGUGAGUGGAUGAUUUGGUAUUGUAUUUUUUAAAAGAUCAUAGUAUUUUUGUAUCGUAUAUGGAUACCAUUUUCCUGCUCUUUAUGAACCACUUUCCUUUUGUAAUUUUCUUUUGUAAUAAUGGCAAUCCAUGUUAAUUUUGCAGAGAUGAUGCCUUAUGGAGCUGCUCUUCAUUUUAUUGAGUUCGGCCUUUGUCUUUCAAGUGAGAAGGCACAAUAUGCAUUUGCCUUGCUCAGUUUCUGCUGAGCAGUACUUAUAACCCAGCUCUGAUAUGUCUGUGUCUUCCUCAUAAAAAAGGUUUGGUGGCCCUUUCCAAUACAGCAAAAAGAAUUUCACUUAAAUGGGAAGCACAUUUUCUUAUUAAGGGACUGUGCAGGUUGUGAGGAGGAUCACAUUUGGAACCAAUUUGCUUCCAGUCUUUUGUUAUGGCAUUUCUAUUCUCAAGUGCGGUCAGUUUCUUAUUGUACAUUGGCGUAUGUGGUAGAGGAAGCAUUCAGUUUGGAUACAGGUAUCAUCACAUGAAGUGACACCCACAUUGUUGUUUCAAUCCACCUGAGGGGGGGAAGUGGGGGCUGACCUCCCUUUCAUAUUCACUUCUCAGUUUUGCCUUUGAAUUAGUGAAGUGCGGUGCACAGGAUCAGCACCAAAGCAGCUUUGGUUAGACUUUUUACAAUUACGACCAACAACAAGACAGUUCACACUCUCUGACCAAAAUAUACAUUACAGUUUUAAUUUUAUGAGCAGAAACGUGCCAAUGUAUACAUGUGCUGGGUUUUAUAGUGCUAUACUUUUGAAAUUAUAGAAGCCGAAGUUCUGAGAUGUUACCUAAACUGAUGACAUGAAAAUAAAUAUUUGCUACGGCCUUGACGGAGUAAUAUUUUCAAAUAGAAUGGUCAGUAUUUUGUACAGAUUGAAUCCAGGGCCCUGUUGUUGUCAUUUGUGUCAUUGAAUGGAAAGAUUCCUAUGUAUAAUGUUUAUAAAUAGCUGCCUUUUCUUUCCUAAGUGCCGGUGGAAGGCCUAAAAUGAAAGUGUGAACAAGUAUGUGUUGUUCCAUCUGGGAAACCACAGGCUACAUUUUUCUGUAGCCCUCAUUAGCUCAGCAUUGUUCAGUGUUACCUUAUCUCAGUUUUGCCUGAAAACAAUUACUGCACGUGGAAGGCAAAUGGAAUAUAGCAAUCUACUCUAAAUGUGCACCUACAAGCUAAUGGUUGCCCAUUACGUGCUGUGGUAUAUUGUGCAUUAAACAAGUGCCUUCUUUGUGGCAGUGUGGAUUUUUUUUAUAUUAGUAGCUUCACCCCUGAAAGUUUCUAAUUUUUGCAUUGAUGGCAAAAAUUGCUGUUGCUGCUGGAAUAAAUGAAGCUUACAUAAAAACAAA